CAGUAACCAGCUUAGAGGCAGUUGUAGUCCAGCUUCAGGACUCGUGUCGCGAGGCUCGCGCCGAAGCCUCAGAAUUGCGUCAGGAAAACCAGCGAGUGUCAAGUGCGCUUGAUGCUCUUCGGCACGAGUGCAGGGAGAGAGACAAAUAUCUCAGGGCUCUCUGGCACGCCAGAAAGAGCAAUGACGACCCGCACUUGGAUGACUUCCCUCCUCCGCCUCCGUCCUUCAAUGCCGUUCCACCUGGAGCUGCCAGCAGUUCGCUCGGCACUCCAGUAACGACUCCAGUUCCUCACCCUGUCACAUACACCACUCCUUCGGCAGAAGGAAUGGAUCCACGAAUGCAGCAAUACGCGCAGGACAGUACCGUUACGCUCCAACAGGCUGCUUACCAUGAUACCUCUUCUAAUGCUUACACCGAACGUUCUCCUGCCAUGCCAUUUAUGACUAACGAAGGAGAUGCGAACGGCCGAGGAACAGCCAUGGGAAUGGCCAAAAUAAACCAGUAUGCUUUCAAUGGCAUGACCGGCCACGUCCGGGACAAUACAUGGCAUGCAGGCGUCAACCAAGGUGCACCUGCGAGCACCGAUGCGGUUACAGGAGAGAAUGCUUCCACUACCCAUUCACCUGGCUUCAUUCCAUCACCAACCGUCACCUCGGCCGAAGGGACCUAUGGCCCUCGCUACCCCGCCGCGUUGAUAGACGCCCACAAAAACCCUCUUCCUGGUAUCGACCAAAUGCCGUAUCUAAUGAAUAAUAACGACCGCUCAAUCUCUCCGACCACGUCCAGCCCGCACAACGGUUCCUCUUCCUCCUCUGUUAACUCCCAAUUUCAGUUUGUUUUCCCCACUGAAAGCCAGGAACGUAACGAUGCGGACUACCAUCGCCGCAUGGCAGCAGCGGGCCCUGAACUAACACUGCAUGGGGGUACUGCAGAUGUUUCCGUAUAUGCCUUGAAUCGGCGACGUGCCAAUACGGGACCCGAGCGACCUAUGCUUGGGAGCACUAUGCCCGCCUUUCGACCGGAUGAUCCACAAGGAAUGCCGGUUGCCGAAGGUAGCAAAGCGGCUGGUGUGGGCAGUGUCCCUGGGACCGACCCUCGUGGCAUUCGUCGACGAAGGGGGACUGAUCAAAGUAACGGAGGUGAUCACUCGUCGCGUUCUCCAUCACCGACGGGUCAUCCACCUAUUUCUAGCACACUCGCCGUCAUCAAGGCCCAGGCAUUUGGCGCACUUCGCCGAACUCGGGCGCGACCGAAAAAGGCGACUGAGGGUGCAGCAAAAAUGGCCAUGGAGGUCCUCGAGGCUCGCGGCAUAGGUCUUGGCAUCAACUCUCAGAACGCCAGCAAGCGCCCUCGGUUGAGUGACGACGACGGAAACGGUCUUACGAACCAAUAGCAACCUGAACCCAAAAAAGAAUCACCACCACUGGAUAUCCGAAAUUCUCUUUUCUCUUACCAUGUUUUUAAGCAAGAUUUUAUGCUGUAAGUAUAGGACGCCUAUUCACCAAUCGUCUGCUAUGCACUGUAUACUGGAAUGCUCUCUACUCUGCAAUCGUUCGAUUCGCACUCAACGGCCUUUUCACCCUCAUUUCUGAUUUCCUUUCUCCCAUCACUCGGCAACUCUUCACGCGGGUUUCUUGUAGACAUUAUUAUCUUUGCAUUGCACAUAUUUACUUUACCUCUGUGAUAUAGUUUUCAUCUCUGUUUCAUCUCUCAUCAUUUCCCAUUACUCUUUCUUUUUCCCUCUUCUCCCUCUGGCACCUGCAUGUAACGUAGCGCCUGUCUGUACAUGGAAUCGGUCUUCUGCAGCCACUCGAGACCAUCUCCGUCUUCUUACCGCUGACUGCUGAUUGGAAACCAUGUACACCAGCCAACCAAACCGCUCGCACCCCCUCACUACUCCACUUGCCUUC